UAAGCCUUGUUGGUUAACUUUUUGCACAAAAAUCACGGAACCGUGGAAAAAAGCACUAAUCUACCGAAUGCAUCUGGCGCUGAAGUGUCAAGACCCACCGUGCGGCCGUCUAUUCCAUCUGAAGUCAUCGACUUCGCCGGCAUGCGUUUUCUCAUCACCGACACUCCAAAUAAGUUUACCAUUAAGCCAUUCAUUGAGAACCUGCUGCGCCACAAUGUGAAGUUAUUGGUUGGCUUAUGUGACGUUAGCUAUGAUACAGGUCCGUUUGUGGCAGCCAAUAUUGAGGUAUUGAGUUUGCAAUUUCCGGAGAGAACUUUACCAGAUGAACAGCUCAAGCGGCAUUGGUUUCGUAUUUUACUGCGUCAGCAAAGCGAAUAUCCCGACAGUUGUGUGGCAGUACAUGGCAAUAGCGGAUUGGGCCGUGCUGCGCUGCUUGUGGCAAUUGCACUUAUCGAGCUGGGCAUGGGCUAUGACAUUGCUGUGGCCGUUAUACGUAGCAAAAGACGUGGCGCCAUAAAUGAUGCACAAUUUGAAUAUCUAAAAAAUUAUAAGCCGGAAACGAGGAACGGACUGACGCAGAUGAGGCAGCGAAAAGCUAGCAACCACUGUGUGGUGCAGUAGUUAGGAAGAUGACAAAGACAGGCCAAUGAAUGCUUAUAAUUUGAACUUGAAAAGUAAAGAAGAAAUUUGAAGUUCGAAAUAUUUCAUAAAAAUGAGU